GAAGGCUUAAAAUUUCUCCCAAGGAAAAUAUUAGGGGUGGUAGCUGGAUUACUGGGUUGGUAAGAGUUACUCUUUAUACCAUGGGAUGGAUUGACUCUUUAAGGCAGCCAUGAAAGUAAGAAGCAAAAACCUCCUAAUCCACAAGCGUUAUUUAGUCUCUCUCUCAAAAAGACUUUCAGAUAGUAAAAUGAAUGAAAUCAACAUUCCCUAGAUGCCUGGUGCAAUAAUGACCCAUUUCAGAUGGAAAGGAUAGUUGUAAGACCACUACAACAUCUGGCUUCCAAGUGGUGGUAGUAUGUUUGCUUGAUAACAUAAAACAUGUGAGAAUCUAAUCAGCAAUAAAAAGGAAGUACUUGUACAUGCUACAACAUGAAUGAAAUCCAAAAACAUUAUACGCAGUAAAAGAAGCCAUAUAUUGUAUCAUUCCAUUUACAUGAAAAAUCCAUAAAGGGCAAAUCUUUAAAGACAGGAAGUACAUUGGUGUUGCCUGGGGUAAGGGUGAGAGAGGGAACUGGCUGCCAACAGCUAGAAGGUAUGCUUUUGGAGGGAGUUGGAAGUGUUCUAAAAUUGGAUUGUGGUGCUGGUUGUAUAACUCUGUAAACUUACUAAAAAUCAUGAAAAUCACAUAAAAGGGAUGGAUUUUAUGGAUCAUAAAUUAUUGGUUAUUUUUUAGACCUAAAUAAAACCCUAUUCUUUGGACUAAAUAUAACUGUUUUUUGUUUUUUUAACGAUAUCGUGCCACCUCUCCUGGGUCUGGAGGUGGUUCCUCAGCUGCCGUGCACAUCAUUUGUCUGUCACUCAUACUCCCCGUGAAUUCUGCUCAUUCUUCCACUUCCACAUGUAAAAAGUUGCCAGGAUGAGAGAGGAGUGGGAGCGCACAUUACCAAAUUUGAGAUUUGUGCAAUCACAACAGAUAACCAGGUCUGGGAAUUUGGAAAGGCAAUCAAACCUAAAUCCUCCCUGAUCUAGAGAAGAAAAGGCAAAUGUCACGAACGGUCCGCGCCACUCCCCAAGCAUGGCCCUACCCAUGACAGUAAAUGGAGCCGCCGGGGAAAAUGCGACUCCAGCACAAACCAAGUCAGCAGCUGGAUCUCUAAGGUCCAAAGAAUAACCCUUUGACAGGGUUUCUCACAAACACAGGGCACGCGUUUAUCAAACCCAGGUUGGCUUGAAUUUAGAAGUAGGAACUUUGUUUCAACGGGAGCACGAAGUUGGGAAGUUUGUUCCGAGGCCGCGUGUACCUGGAAGCUCUCCGGGGGCCCAAGGCCUCUGCACAGCGGCGGACCCGCAUUCCCUCGGCCGCCGGCAGAGCCGGGGUUCGUGGCGAAGGCUGCAGCUUCUGCCGCGAGGAUUGUGCGUGGGGAACCACCACACCCCAGCCCAGGUGAGGCCGGCUCCCUCCGGCGGCCAGGAGCGGUCGCCGCACGUCGGGCAACCUCCCUGCCGGAGCGAGGUCCAGCCUUCCCGCUCAGUGCCAGGAGCUCAGGUCUCGCCGCGCGCAGCCCUAGGCGCCGCUCCGCUGCCGUCGCACGCUUGUCCCGAAGCCCCUGACCCCCGGUCUAGCGAGGUCCCCGGGCCUCUGUCCCCAGCCUUCACGCUUUCCCCGGGGAUAGACGCGGCGUCCAGGUGGCCGAGCCCCGCACCGCGGGGGUGGCGCCUCCUCACCCCGGGGCGGGGAGUGGGGUGAGGGCGGAGCUGGACAGCCGCCGCCCGGCCCCGGGAGACCGGCUCCCAGCCCCCUCCCCGCGCGCCCCCCGCACAGUGCUCAUGCGCGCGGCCCAGCCUUUAUAGAUAGCGGCGGUCGGAGCCGGGCUUUCAGCACUCGGGCGAAGCCGGGCGGAUCCGACUCAGCUUGUCUGUCUUGAUAGUGUAUCCUCCAUCUGGUCCGGGGUUGCACAUCGACUCUGGGUUUGGCUCGAUUUGCAGCUGGAUUGAGAGAGGCGCGAGCUCCGGGGCAGCUGCCUCCUCUCCUCUGCCUCGCCUAGGUUUCCGAGGGGUCCGAGCAGCUCCUUGACUACCAUGUCUGCAGCCUGGAUCCCGGUUCUCUGCCUCGGUGUCUGUCUUCUGCUACUGCUGCCAGAGCCCGCGGGCAGCGAGGGAGCCGUUCCCAUCCCUAUCACAUGCUUUACCAGAGGCCUGGACAUCAGGAAAGAACAAGCAGAUGUCCUCUGCCCAGGGGGCUGCCUCCUGGAGGAAUUCUCUGUGUUUGGGAACAUAGUAUAUGCUUCUGUAUCAAGCGUAUGUGGUGCUGCUGUCCACAGGGGAGUAAUCAGCAAUUCAGGGGGACCUGUGCGAAUCUAUAGCCUACCAGGUCGAGAAAACUAUUCCUCAGUAGUUGCCAAUGGCAUACAGUCGCAGACACUUUCCAGAUGGUCUGCUUCUUUCACAGUGACAAAAGGCAAAAGUGGUACACAAGAAGCCACAGGACAAGCAGUGUCCACAGCACGUCCAGCAACAGGUAAACGACUAAAGAAAACACCAGAGAAGAAAACUGGCAAUAAGGACUGUAAAGCAGAUAUUGCAUUUCUGAUUGAUGGAAGUUUUAAUAUCGGGCAACGCCGAUUUAAUCUACAGAAGAAUUUUGUUGGCAAAGUGGCUCUAAUGUUGGGAAUUGGAACAGAAGGACCUCACGUGGGUCUUGUUCAAGCCAGUGAACAUCCCAAAAUAGAAUUUUACUUGAAAAACUUUACAUCAGCCAAAGAUGUUUUGUUUGCCAUAAAGGAAGUAGGUUUCAGAGGGGGUAAUUCCAAUACAGGAAAAGCCUUGAAGCAUACUGCCCAGAAAUUCUUCACAGCAGAGACUGGAGUGAGAAAAGGGAUUCCCAAAGUGGUGGUGGUAUUUAUUGAUGGCUGGCCUUCUGAUGACAUUGAGGAAGCAGGCAUUGUGGCCAGAGAGUUUGGUGUCAAUGUAUUUAUAGUUUCUGUGGCUAAGCCCAUCCCCGAGGAACUGGGGAUGGUUCAGGAUGUUGCAUUUGUUGACAAGGCUGUCUGUCGGAAUAAUGGCUUCUUCUCAUACCACAUGCCCAACUGGUUUGGCACCACAAAAUAUGUAAAGCCUCUGGUACAGAAGCUCUGCACUCACGAACAAAUGAUGUGCAGCAAGACCUGUUACAACUCAGUGAACAUUGCUUUUCUAAUUGAUGGCUCCAGUAGUGUUGGAGACAGUAAUUUCCGUCUCAUGCUUGAAUUUGUUUCUAACAUAGCUAAGACUUUUGAAAUCUCAGACAUUGGUGCCAAGAUAGCUGCUGUACAGUUUACCUAUGAUCAGCGCACAGAAUUCAGUUUCACUGACUAUAGCACUAAAGAGAAUGUCCUAGCCGUUAUCAGGAACAUCCGUUAUAUGAGUGGUGGGACAGCUACUGGUGAUGCCAUCUCCUUUACUGUUAGAAAUGUGUUUGGUCCUGUGAGGGAAAGCCCCAACAAGAACUUCCUGGUGAUUGUCACAGAUGGUCAGUCCUACGAUGAUGUUCGAGGGCCUGCUGCUGCUGCACAUGAUGCAGGUAUCACCAUCUUCUCUGUUGGUGUGGCUUGGGCACCUCUGGAUGACCUGAAAGACAUGGCCUCUAAACCGAAGGAGUCGCAUGCUUUCUUCACAAGAGAGUUCACAGGAUUAGAACCAAUUGUUUCCGAUGUCAUCAGAGGCAUCUGUAGAGAUUUCUUAGAAUCUCAGCAAUAAUGGUGACAGUUUUCACAACUGAAAGAAAAAGUGCAAGGGGAUAUAAUGUAUAAGUUGUAUUCUAGAAAUACUGAAAUACUAUACAGCAUACUAAGAUCGGAUACAAAAUAUUACAUUAAAGAUGCCCAAAAUGUAAGCAAAUAAGCAUUCAUUUGAAGCUACCUUCUAAUGACAAUUUAGACUCAACUGUUCAAAACACUCUACUGAGACUUCAUCACGACCCUUAGAAACUAUGAAGAUGUCAUAGAUUAAAACUUUGAGUUCUAUUUUAACAUGCAUAUUAAAUGUAUACAUAUGCAAAUUCUAUAGCUUAAUAAAAGAGCCUGAUAUUUAGACCAUAAUCAACAUCCCUUCUCUAAUUCUAUACUAUAUAUAUAAGGGAAAUAAGAGAGAAACAAGUAGAAAACAGCUCUUUAACUUAGUUCAAAUAUAUUUUGACUCAAGUAGAUGUCUUUAAUCAACAAUAUAGAUGUUACCUAAUAAACUAAAAAGUUACAAUUACAGAUGAAGUGGAAGGGAUUUAGGUAUCAAGCCUUUUUUGUAGUAUAUUUUCAUAGUAACUUACAAUAUCACACCAAAUGAGAUAGCUGGAUUACCUGGUAUUUUUCUAUUUAUAUCCUUAAUUUUAUAUGUGUAUUGAUGUAUUUGGCUCCCACUCUAAAAGUCAUCCAUGUAUUGAAAAAAAGUUAAGUUGAUAAGUUUUUACCACUUACAAACAUUUAGCUUUAAAGACACAUCUUUCAAAUAGCAGAACUGCAGGAAAGAAUAUUGUACUUUGACUACUUAAGCAAUAAAACUGCUAAUGACUAUUA